AUGAAGCUCCUGCUGCUGAGUCUGGGACUGACCCUGAUCUGGGCUCACAAAGAAGGAACCCAUGAUGCUGUGACAAGCAACUUUGAUCCGUCCAAGUAUUCAGGGGAGUGGUAUUCCAUUCUCCUGGCCUCUGAUCAAAAGGAAAAGAUAGAAGAAAACGGUAGCAUGAGGGUUUUUGUGGAAUAUAUCCAUGCCUUGAAGAACUCUUCCUUAGGCUUUAAAUUCCAUAUAAUUAUAAAUGGAGUAUGUGCUGAAAUUGCGUUUGUUUGUGACAAAACAGAAGAGGAUGGUGUAUAUUCUGUUGAAUAUGAUAGACAUAAUACAUUUAAAGUACUUGAAACGGACUAUUGUAACUAUAUUAUUUUUUACCUAAUAAAUGAAAAUCAUGGAAAUACAGUCCAACUGAUGCAGCUCUAUGGUCGAGCACCAGAUGUGAGCUCAGAACUCAAGCAGAAAUUUGUGAAUGUUUCUGAAAAAUAUGGAAUUGUUAAGGAAAACAUAUUGGACCUGACCACUGUUGACCGCUGUAUCCAGGCCCGAGGUGGAACACAGUCCUGA